GUGAUCGCUCGCGGGCGCCGACUGAUGACGCAGAGCGCGCGGGGAGUUUCAGCCGCUGUAGGAGUGGGCUGAGGGCAGCGAUUGGGGCCUGAGCGAGCGACGUUCUCCUAGAUACAACCGAACCAGGUGGGGCAGCCAGCUAACCUUUUCAAGAUGCCAGGGCGUUCCAGUACAAAUUCAGGUUCUACUCGCUACAUAUCCUUCAGUGGCGUGGAGUCAGCUCUCUCCUCCUUAAAAAACUUCCAGUCCUGCAUCAUCUCCGGAAUGGAUACAGUGUCUAGUGUUGCCUUGGAUCUUGUGGAGACUCAGACUGAAGUGAGUAGUGAAUACAGUAUGGAAAAGGCCAUGGUUGAAUUUGCUAAAAUGGACCGAGAACUAAACCAUUAUGUUAAGGCUAUCCAGUCUACAAUAAAUCAUGUAAAAGAAGAACGCCCAGAAAAAGUACCGGAUUUAAAAUUACUAGUAGAGAAGAAAUUUUUGGCUUUACAGGAUAAGAACUCUGAUACCGACUUUAAAGACAAUGAAAAGUUUGUGCAGUUCAAGCAGCAGCUGAGGGAACUGAAGAAGCAAUGAACUGCCAGGCUGUUCCCCACAGCGAGGGCGCCAUUUUACAUUUCCACCAGCAGUGUAUGAGGGUUCCAAUUGCUCCACGUCCUCACCAGCACUUCUUACUGCCUGUCCUUCUUACCGUAGCCAUUAUAGUGGGUGUGAAGUGGUGGCUCAUUGUUUUGGCUUACAUUUCUCUGAUGGAUUAAUAUUGUGGUGUUUAUAUUACUUACCUAGGGCAAAAGUUUAAAUCUUAAACUUUCAUAUAGAAACCACCUCAUAUUACUGGAUUGACUUUCUGAAGCAAAACCAUAGAUCUAUGCCAGAUAAAUGAUGUUCAUAAAACUUACACUUAAAAAAAAAAACAAAAAACAUAAACUAAAAUGACUUGGAAUGAAGAUUACACACUCAUCUGAGACAUUUUCUUUUCUUUCUUUUCUUUUCUUUUUUCUUUUCUUUUCAGGAUAAAUUCAUUCGAAGUGUUCUUUAUCCGAGCUACUCAAGUGCUAUUAUGUGACAUUUACUGGGUAAUCCAGACAGCACUUUGGUUAAAUCCACAGUGUGGUGUCACUAGGUAAACACUUGAAAAUGGAAAUGUGUGUCUCUUCUGGCUUUAUCAGUUGAGAUUAAAGGUGGUUUAUAGCACAGGGAACCUUUUCUCUGCCACUUUGUCUCAGUGUGGGCCAAUAAUCUGUCACCUGAAACUACUUAAAAUAGGUUGGGCUUUCUGGAGUGUCAUGCUGCUGUGAUGACAUCAGAUCUGACUACAGGGGAGGAAAGAAUCCUUCUCUAACUUGUGUGCCUCCAUGACCUUUGUUUCCAGUAAAAGCACUGCCAUUUUCAGCUCUUGCCUCUGUCCAUUUCUCAGAUGUUUUCUACACCAGUCGCACCUUCUCUCUGUUCACACUUUGAAGUUCUUGGUCUGGUUAUCAUUGUUUCUGUCAAGGAAAGAACGCAAUGUGCAGCUUGGAAGUGUAUGAGUUUCACCAGCCUAGAUAUGUCCAAAGUAAGAAGAGGGCUGUUGGAAGAGAAAAAGAAUAGCGAACCAAAUUCUGAAGAUGCUUUCUCUGGAGUCUCAGGAUGCCCCAGAAAGCUCCCCCAUGACAGAGGGCUUAAUGGGAGACUGACCCUCCUCUCUUGCACAUAGAGAGCCUCACCCAGAGCUAAGCUUCCUGUGUGCUAUGCACUCCUGACUGCAUCUGGCACUGUUUGCAGAAGGCCUGCAGGGGACAAAGGAGGAAAAGAGAAAGAAAGAGUAGAUAGUUCCUUCAUACUGUCUACCUCUGCCUUUUCUUUUCCUCAACUUAAUGUGGGCUUGUGGCUCAGCUGGGGAGUGGUUGGAGAAUAACUAGAUCGGUUGGCAGAACUUGAAUUCUGCCAGCUCUAAGGUAAAGGGAGGCAACUACUUUACACACUUAAAAAGCUGUAGUAAGCCUUAGUGAAUUCCCUGUUGACACUGUUUUGUUAAUUGAAAUACUGCUCUGGUUGAAGCAAGCACUAAAGAGCCUGAACCACCGACUAACCCUGAACCGUGUGCCUUCAGAACUCACAGGGGAGCUAGAUAAUAUUCAUUGCCCUGUUAGUAGGAAUUGUACUUUAGUUCUGACUUUUUAAAUGAUGAGCUCUUGAGUAAUGAAAAAUAAAGGAUGGCAAGUGCUUACUGGACCUCACUAGGCACUAAGGUAAUAUAAAUAGCCAUGCAUGGGCUCCAGGUACAUUUUUCUCCAUAGCCCCCUGAGGUGACAUGGUCGUCCUUCAAGUGAGGUGUGGUGAAAAUUAGUGCUUGCCAUGUCCAGUUUUCUCCUUUAGCUCAGCACGUAACUGUCUGUGACCUGACAUAAUUGGUGAAUAUCCCCACUCUUUAUACCCUAUGAAGGCUAGAGGGGAGGAGGUAUAGGAGAUGAAGAGAGGCUAUAGAAGGCUGUAUAAUGUGAGUACCAACAUUGGGAAGCUAGCUAAUAUGUUUGGGUAUGGUGGAGCUUUUUUUUGGUUGGCUUUGAGUUUUGCUGUGGCAAUUUUUACAGAAAGCUUCAAGCUUCUUUUCCUCACCUUCUUGCUCUUAAACAGGAGGGAAUGAAUGAUGGCUGGGGAAAGGCAGAUUCAUUUGUUCCUGUAAGAAAAUAAUCAAAUGUGCUUCUGUGGAACAAAAAAUGGAUUUGAAAUUUUGUUUGUUCUUUUCUAUUACAAAAUUGGAAUAAAAAAAAGGAAUGUCACUUGUACUUUUUUCUUUCUCACCACAAACAUUGUUAUCCACAGUCACUUGCUCAACGAAAUGGUUAGCACAUUGCUGGACUACUAAAAGUUCUGAAAGUCAGUGAGCUAAUCCACCCCACACAUACACAUUGUUCAUCGCCUCUUGCUUCUUUUCAACUUGUGUGCUUUUCAAUUAAGGUGAGUGUCUGCGUGUGCUGUAACUAAUGCCACAUUCCUAUAAGAUGCCUGUCCAGACUGGAGCUCUUAGAGUCAGCACUGUCCCUGGACCUUCUCUCACCCACUCUUCC